AUGGACUUUGAGAAGAACUUGCACCAAAGUGACAUCGUCACGUCUGCCUCGGGUGUCAUAGCACUGCUAAACGAAGAAGAAGCAAGUUUGAAAAUCUUCGGGUUGGAAAAACUGAAUGCAAUUGUAGAUGUGUAUUGGCCCGAAUUAGCAGAUUAUAUUUUUAAAAUAGAAGAAUUAUGUGAGGAUCAGAAUUUCGUUGGAAAAGAGCUAGCCAAUUUGGUGGCUAGUAAAGUUUAUUUCCAUUUGGAAAAAUAUCCUGAAGCGUUAAAGUAUGCACUUUGUGCAGGCAAGCUGUUUAACAUAAAUGAAAAGUCGCAGUAUGUAGAAACAAUGCUAGCCAAAUGUAUAGAAAAGUAUGUGGAAAUUCGUGAGAGGAAUUAUGAGGGUCAAGUUACAAGCAGAAGUAGUAACAGCAGCAACAAACGUAGUGCUAACCACCACAACAACAAUGAUGUGAACAUGGAGCAUAGCACUGUUCAUCAGGGGGAUGGGAGUAUUAAUGAGGCAAACAACGAGAUGAACCCUAACAAUUACGUGGAGGGAGGUUCCUAUACCACUCACAUGGGGCCUGACAAUACAUACAACAGAAGCAAUUUCAACCUCUACAAUAACCAUGAAGGUAAUAAUGAAAAAAUGGAAAGCGAUACAGAUAUUUUUAAGGAAGACCUAAAUGAUGAAAUUCACCAGAAGAUGGAAAUUUUCGUGGACGAAAUGUUAGAAAUUUGCAUGCAGAAUAAUAGCGUUAAGGAAGCCUUAGGGGUAGCGCUAGACGCUAGAAGACUAGACAAAGUAGAAUACAUAAUUGUAAAUUGUCCUAAUAAGAUUGAAAUCUUACAACACUCUAUUACAAAUGAAAGGUAUAUUAAUACGACAAAAAAAUUUAGAAAUGACUUCUUCAAACUGCUAGUGAAAAUAUACCUUUCAAUGGAUCCAGAAGAAUUAAAAACCGAAUACAUAAAUUUGUGUGAAUGUUUAUUUUACAUUAACGAUUAUAAAAAGGUUGCUGAAAUUUUACUAAAUUUGAUUAACGAUUAUCAUUUGAUGGCAUAUCAGAUUUCCUUCGAACUUGUAGAUUUGGAAAAUCGAACUUUUUUAAAGGAUAUUUUAAAACACAUUAAAGAGAUUUUGAUACAGAAUAAGUCCUUUUACUAUGGGGAGCACAGCUACUCCGGGGAAUCGAAAAAGAGGUCCAACCUCCAUUUGGGUGGAGACUGUGCUGCGGAUGAUGCGGUCAAGGAAGAGGAGGUCCCCAGCACAGAUCCACAGCAGGAGGAGUCUGCACCGGGGGAGGCCCAGGACGACUCGGAGAAGAAAAACGCAGAUGAGGGGAGCGGUCAAGACAGUGCUCCCAAUGGGGCAAAUGCUGCUAACGCUGCUAACACUGGCAACCCGGCCAACGCGAACACUAGCGGCGGCGUCAACAACAACCUGCUGGGCAGCGAGGAGGACAAGCAUAGGCUCUCCGAUGAUAUCCUCAUGUACAUAAGCGAGAACCACAAGCUGUACGAUAAAGUCAAAAAGCUGGUGUACAUAUUGACAGGAAAGGUCACCAUAAAUUUGUAUAUGGAAUUCCUGCACCGAAAUAACCACGCCGAUUUAAUCCUACUAGACAGUUACAAAAAUGUAGUAGACUCUAGAAGCAGCAUCACCCACCAUGGGAUCGUCAUAGCCCACGGGUUAAUGCAGACAGGCACAACAUGUGACGUCUUUUUGCGCUCCAACAUUGAGUGGUUAUCCAAGGCGAUAAAUUGGGCUAAAUUUUCUUCCACAGCGUCUCUUGGUGUGGUGUACAAAGGACAUGUGAAUGAAUCAUUUAUCGUUCUCUCAUCACAUCUACCAUGCAACGACGUGACGAGACAAAUUACAAACACUCUGAACGUAGGCAUAUCGCCCAGUGGAGUUUAUUCAGAGGGGGGCUCCCUAUAUGCCCUUGGGUUAAUACAUGCCAAUUAUAACACAAAUGAUAAGAAAGUGAAAAACUUUUUACUAGCUCAAUUAAAAUUAAAUGUAAACGAUGAAGUGUUACAACAUGGUUGCUGCCUAGGGUUAGGGUUAGUGUGCAUGGGAGAACAUGAUGAUGAUCAUGUAUAUGAUGAGUUGAAGGGGGUCAUGUAUUCAGAUUCAGCAGUGGCAGGAGAAAGUGCAGCUUAUGCAAUUGGCCUGUUAAAACUUGGUAGUGGAGAUGAGAAAUGCGUGGAUGAAUUGUUAGCCUAUGCACAUGAUACGCAACAUGAAAAAAUAACACGGGCCUGUAGUAUUAGUCUAGGGUUUGUAAUGUUCCAAAAGGAAAAAGGAGCUGAUGCAUUGAUUGAAGAAUUAAUUAACGAUAAAGAUGCCAUUAUACGAUACGGAGGAAUGUUUACCAUUGCUAUGGCGUACUGUGGUUUAUCUAGCUAUAAUAAGCAUAUAAUAAAAAGGCUAUUGCACUUUUCCGUAUCAGACGUAAGUGAUGAUGUCAGGAGAGCAGCUGUUAUAGCAUUAGGUUUUGUCUUGUGUAACAGUCCAUCUCAAGUUCCCAUGUUUUUAAACCUCUUAAUUGAAAGCUACAAUCCACAUGUACGUUACGGGGCUGCACUUGCACUAGGAAUCGCAUGCGCUGCGUCAGGAAAUGAAGAAGCUAUCAAUAUGCUCAUGCCAAUGCUAACCGAUACAACUGAUUUUGUAAGGCAAAGUGCAUUCAUAUCUUUAGGCCUAAUUUUCCAGCAAUCAAAUGAACACGUAAAUCCAAAUUUUAAAAAAUACAAAGACGAAAUUAUGCGUAUUUUAUCAGACAAGCAUGAAGAUAUUAUUGCCAAAUUUGGUGCCACAGUAGGUGCUGGUUUGUUAGAUAUAUGUGGAAGGAAUGCCAUUUCGACCUUCUUCACAAGAAGAGCAAAUAUUAUUAGACCACAGGCAGCUGUUGGCUUUUGUUUAUUUAGCCAACUGUGGUAUUGGUUUCCGCUGAUCCAUAUGAUUAGCUUGACCUUCCUUCCGACUUGCUUAAUUGGAUUAACUGAAGAUUUGAAGGUCCCCAAGAAUUUCUCCGUCCUCUCCACUUGCAAAAAUCAGACAUUUGAUUACCCCUCCUUUUUAAGCAAAGAAAAAGCACAAGAGAAGAAGGAAACCGUCACGGCUGUUUUGUCUACCACUGCGAAAAGGAAAACAUUAAAAUUGAAGAAGCAAAAAAGUGAGAAUAAAUUAGCCAAGGAAAAAACUGCCCAGGAUGACAACAGCUCCGUUUUAUCUGAUGGUAAAUCUAUGAAGAAUUUGGAAGUCCUCAGCACGGCUGCUACCGUGGGCCAGUCCAGUCACGUGUCCCAUGCGGAGAGCGUCGAGGGCAGUGCCAAUGACGACACGACGAAUGAGCAGGCCAACGAGGCUAGCAACUUAUCCAACUUGCAGAAAAUGAAGAAGACCGACACCAAGGGCAAGGUCUCGACCAUCCAGUCCAUCAACAACACGGUCGACAUGAAAAACCCUUGCAGAGUAAUCAAAACGCAGGAAAAGUUCAUCGAAUACCAGGCCAACAGCAGAUUUAAGCCCAUCCUUCCCUCGCGAAAAUCGGGCUUCAUCAUGCUUGUGGACACGACACCCUCGGAGCCGUCCGACUUCAUCGAAAUAAAUCUCGAGAACACCGCGAAGGAGGCCCCUCCCUUUGAGCCCUUCGCGUGGAAGGAAGAAAAUUGA